CAGUUCCUGGUGCUGAAGAUAGAGCCGCUGGUUCCAUUGUGUCUCCGGCUGGAGGUCCUGCAUUCAGUUACUUUGUGUCUCCGGCUCUGGCAGUCUGACCAUGAUUUCUGGAGCUUGCUGGAGAUGUUUGCUGCUCUCUUUCUGUUUUCUUAGAGGAUCAGCGCAGAAUUUCGCGCAGACGAGGUUUAUCUGCACCUCAGUUCCCGUAGACAUGGACCUGUGCACCUCUUCCAUGCAGAGCAGUGGACCCACAGAGGACCUGAAGACCACCAUCCUGCAGCUGAGAGAGACCGUCCUACAGCAGAAAGAGACCAUCAUGAACCAGAAGGACACCAUUAGAGAGCUGACCACCAAACUGGCCAGAUGUGAGGGGAACACAGUUCUGGAGAUCCCCUCACUUGGCAGCACUGGCUCCAGGAAGAAGGAGAAUGGGACCCCCAAAAACACAAUGGGGGACUUGUCCAGGACCCCUACAGCUGAGACCCUCACCCAGCUUGGACAAACCCUGCAGUCUUUAAAAACAAGACUGGAGAACCUGGAGGUGAGGAUGGAACUUGUCAUGGAGACCAGAAUGGGCAGAUUUUAAUCUUGAGUUUAAAUGUUCACCCUGACCGCAUUGUAUCAGAUCCCUUCUGUGUCACCUCAGCCUCCUAGCAGCCCUGACCCCAGUCUCCUGGAAGCCCUGAUCCCAGCCUCCUGAGGGUCCUGACACCAGAUUCCUGGCAGCCCUAACCCCAGCCUCCUGGCAACCCUGACCCCAGCUUCCUGAGGGUCCUGACACCAGAUUCCUGGCAGCCCUGACCCCAGCCUCCUGAGGGUCCUGACACCAGAUUCCUGGCAGCCCUAACCCCAGCCUCCUGGCAACCCUGACUCCAGCCUCCUGAGGAUCCUGACCCCAGCCUCCUGAGGGUCCUGACACCAGCUUCCUGGCAGCCCUGACCCCAGCCUCCUCAGGGUCCGGACCCCAGCCUCCUGAGGGUCCUGACCCCAGCCUCCUUAAAGUCCUGACCCCAAGUCCUGGCAGCCCUGUAUGGGAUCCACCAGUUCCAUAAAUUGUGCAAACCUGUAUGACAAUCUAAAACCUUAUUGUGUAAAUAUUCUGCUCUCCUUGAGGACCAUGUUUGAGGAUUUUGCAGGUGACACAUCUUCGGUGGUUUCUAGUCUCAUUACGUUAGCCCCUGUUAGAAUUAUCUAAGUCACUAAGCUCUUAAUUCGUUUAAUUUAUAAAGUACAGAGUUAGUGAUGUUUGUGACAAUCCACUUACUCCCUCUGUGUGUCCUUCCCCUUGUAGAUGUACAGCAGGGGCAAUUCAUCUGCCCAAGCCAACAGCCUGAAAGACCUACUGCAACUCAAAAUAGAGGAUCUGGAGAAACAAGUUCUCUCCAGAGUGAAUAAUCUGGAAGAAGGGAAAAUGAAUCUUAGAAAUGAAAGUGAGCAGAGGGGAAAGAUUGAAAGCACUCUGACAACCCUUCAUCAGAGGAUCACAGACCUGGAGAAAGGUAAGGAACUUAAUCAGCACUCCCAGUAUCCUCAGCCUGCCUGUAUGUGGUAAAGGAGGGAUUCCUGUGCAGUUCUAGUGAAGGUUGAGGUGGGCAGAGAGGACAAGGUACAGGCAAUAAAACCAGGAGUUAAAUUGUUAAAUAAUCUUCUCAUCUGCUAAAUCAUUGCUUUUUACAAUCCCUAGAAUUAAAGUAGACUAUAUCAGCCAUACUAAAACCAUAGCUCACCAAAGCAAGUUUAGUUUAUUUUUAAAAUUGUAACACUUUUUUUUUUUACCAGUUUCACAAACAUGCAUUUUAAUUUAAGAAUUAUUGUAACAACUUUUGUGAUGCAUUUAUGCCCAAAUCUCUAGUGAAUGGCUUUUCCUGAAAUAGGUCCUAGUUUAAAACACAUAUCUGAAGUGCUCUUAAUCCCCUCGUACAUUACAAAAUACAUCAUUUGUACACAGCAGCUAUUUAAGGUGUUGGUAUAUGGUAUUGGUGUGUUAUGACUGGCUGAGGGUGAUUGUAGUUCACAGACAUCUGGGAGCAUAGAGAAUAGAAUCCCUGAAUUUAUUUGGAGUUACAUUGUAACCUCCACCAAACAGGCUUGGUUUAAUCCCCAGGAUCUGAGUGUGGGGCCAGAGGCAGGCUGUAUGUGGGAGGCACAUUGGGCUAUAAAGCUUCGGUCAGGCCUGCUGCCUAGGUACGCCAGCGGAAUAUUGAGUGGCGCCUGGAAUUGUUGCUUUAUAGGGUUGUAAAGCAGAACAAGUUACCACAGCAUUCCCUUCCUGACAAGGAUUAAAUGUAACUUUGAUGGUGUUGCAGCAGGGGUGCCCCCUAAUGUCCAGACGUGGACGUACAGGUAGAAUUCAUUCAAGGUAUAAUCAUGGAACCGAAAAGGAAGCAGAGAUAAUGAUUUUCAGUUGGAUCCUAAUAAUGUUGUCAUUUAUUUAUAAACUUUAUAAACGACGAAAACUGAAUAGUAAAGAAUAAUAAAUAGUAAAGAAUUUAUACCACGUCACUAAACCCGGCUCACAGGUUGAUCCUUGACGAUGAUUCUCGAGUGAGAUCAACUCACGGACUUUAUCACCUUCUCCCCAGGUCAGAAAGAGAACAGACCGGCAGACAAAUUCCAGCUCACCUUCCCGCUGCGGACCAAUUACAUGUACGCCAAGGUUAAAAAGAGUCUGCCAGAGAUGUACGCCUUUACUGUAUGCAUGUGGCUUAAAUCCAAUGCUUCCCCUGGUGUAGGGACUCCGUUCUCAUAUGCUGUGCCCGGCCAAGCCAACGAACUGGUCCUCAUUGAGUGGGGAAACAAUCCUAUGGAAAUACUCAUCAAUGACAAGGUAAGAAACCCAAGUAAUAUAUCAAUCCAUCCAACCUGUCCAUCCAUCCAACCUGUCCAUCCGUCCAUCUAUCCAAUCUGUACAUCCACCAUCCAUCUAUCCAAUCGGUACAUCCGUCCAUCUAUCCAAUCGGUACAUCCGUCCAUCUAUCCAUUCUGUCUAUCCAUCCAACCAUCGAUCCAUUUAGCCAUCCAAUCUGUCCAUUUAUCCAAUCGGUACAUCCGUCCAUCUAUCCAAUCUGUCCAACUGCCCAUCUAUCCAUUCUGUCCAUCUAUCCUAUAUGUCCAUCUAUCCUAUCUGUUCAUUUAUCCAAUCUGUCCAUCUCUCCAUUCUGUACAUCUAUCCAAUCUGUCCAUCUCUCCAUUCUGUCCAUCUAUCCAAUCUGUCCAUCUAUCCAAUCUGUCCAUCCAUUUAUCCAUCCAUCCAUCCAUCCAUCCAUUUAUCCAUCCAUCCAAUCUGUCCAACCAUCUAUCCAUUAACCACCCACCCAAUCUGUCCAUCCAUCCAAUAUGUCCAUCAAUCCAUCUAUUCAGUCUGUCUGUCCAUCCAUUCUCCAUCCAUCCAUCUAAUCUUUCCAUUUGUCUGUCCAUCCAGUUGACCUAUCCAUCCAUCCAAUAUGUCCAUCCAUGUAUUCAUUUAUUCAUUUAUCCAAUUUGUCACCCCCUUCAUCCAUCUAUACAAUUUGUCCAUUCAUCCAUCCAUUCUGUUCAUUCUCUCCAUUCAAUCAUUCAUUCACUCUGUCAUCCCAUCCAUCCAGUCUGUCCAGCCAUCCAUCCAUCCAUCCAUCCAAUCGAUCCAUUGAUUCAUUCAUCCAUCUAUCUAAUCUGUCCAUCCAUCAAUCCAUCCAUCCAAUCUGUCUAUCCAUUCAUCCAUCCAUCCAUCCAUCCAUCCAUCCAAUCUGUCCCUCCAUUCAUUCAUCCAUCCAAUUAGUCCAUCCAUUCAUCCAUCCAAUUAGUCCAUCCAUUCAUUUAUCCAUCCAAUAAAUCCAUCCAGCAUUCUUUCCUUAUAUCUAUCUAUCCAUCCAUCUUUCUUCCUACGUUACCAUCUGCCUGUCUUUCUUUUUGGCAUAUGUCUUAUGGAACAAACUGAGUAAAUAUUUUAGCUAGAGAAAUGCAAUUAUUACAAUAAAGAGUCUAUCGACUAAUUCUGUAUGGGGAAAGUUGCUUUAAAUGAGAGGUAUUGUCUUCAACAGGUUGCAAAACUGCCCUUUGUUAUCAAUGACGGUAAAUGGCACCAUAUCUGUGUUGCCUGGACAACGAGGGAUGGUGUAUGGGAAGCCUAUCAAGACGGGGUGAUGAGGGGAAAUGGAGAGAACCUGGCUCCUUAUCAUCCAAUCAAACAUCAGGGGGUCCUGGUCCUGGGACAAGAGCAGGUAUGAUUAAAGGAGGUUACACACACACACACACACCCCCCCUCAAACACAUCCUUAUGCAUGCACAGACACGCACAUAUAUAGGCAAACACACAAGGACUUCACCUAACAUUCACCAACACGAAGAAACAAAACCACAGAUUCACACAUAGAAACACACAGGCACACAAACACACAUACACACAAACACAAAGAAACACACAGGCACACAAACACACAUACACACAAACACAUAGAAACACACAGGCACACAAACACACAUACACAAACACACAUACACACAAACACAUAGAAACACACAGGCACACAAACACACAUACACACAAACACAUAGAAACACACAGGCACUCAAACACACAUACACAGAAACAUAUAGAAAUACACGAACACACAUUCACAAAAACACAUAGAAACACACAGGCACUCAAACACACAUACACAGAAACACAUAGGAAUAUACGAACACACAUACACACAAACACAUAGAAAUACACGAACACACAUAUACACAGGCAGAAAUGAAACAUAUACUUUAAUACACACACAUACAGAUAAAUCCAUUGCAGUAAUUGUUUGUAAAAUUGUUGUACAUGUAUAAUAUUUAUUAUAUUUUUUAGUAUAAAGAGAAUCCUAUGAGUAUAAUUUUGGUAUUUAAAAUGUGUUCUGGUAGCAGUAAAUUAAUCUUUACAUCUCUUUUAAUUUUGACUUGAAAUACAGAUAUAAUAAUCAUAGGACUAUGAUUAAAUGCAACAAUCAAAACGCGUCAGGCUGAAGUGUUAAAUUAAUUUAAUCUGUUUAGUAGAUGAAAACCUUUCACUUCUUAAAGGUCCAAUUAUUUUUCAACCCUUGUUUCCUCCUGAAUCUGAAAUCGUGUAAUAAUAAGCCUAAUGUUUCAUCUGGACAGAUAUCUUUAGAUUACUCACUCUUUAAUGUUUUUUAAUAGAAUGAAUGAAAAUGUUUUUGAAAAAGAUGAUUAUUUUACAAUUCUCUUUAUUUUCCCCCCACAAGGAUACAGUGGGAGGUGGAUUUGAUGCAACACAAGCUUUUGUGGGAGAGAUGGCUCAUUUCAACAUGUGGGACCGGAAGCUGACUGUUGGAGAGGUCUACAACCUGGCCACCUGCAGCAAUAAGGCACUCACCGGUAACGUCAUCAGCUGGGCAGAGACCAACAUAGAUAUCUUCGGUGGCGCCACCAAGUGGACAUUUGAUGCAUGUCGUCAGAUCAACUGAAAGCACAUGAGGCUGGAUUUCAUUUUGUUCAGCUUAAAAGAUAUCAUUGGUCUCAUCUUGCACCCUGCCUUCUAAACGAGGGCUCAUCACAAACAAAAGGUUGUUUAAUUUUUCUAUCUUGCAAAAACUGAUAAAAAAAAUAAAUAAAAAAGUCACAAAAAUGAGGCAAAAAAACACCCUAUAUUUAAAUAUAGAGGGAAACUUAAUUCAGCCAAGCCACUUGUUUUUACCAUAAAGAAUUCACCUCUCGCGACUCAAGUUAGGCGUGAGAGUAUUCAGGGUUUUAGAAAUAGGCACAAAGGAGCUUAGAGGAGAGCAGGGCUGGAGUAAGAGGAUUUUAGGGAGAGAUUUCAUUUCUUUUGUAGUAAUGAAGAUCCUUGGAGAGUUUGGUUUUUUGUAUUGCCAACUUAGUUUAACCUUCUAACUGUCGUAAGGGCCUGCAACGUUUUUCAUAGGAAUGGAUUACAAGUGCUCUUCAGCAGGGAUGGGGUUAAUCCUGAGUGCCUUGAGCUGGUGCAAAUAUUUGAGCACAUAAUGUUUUCAUUUUCAUACUUUUUAGACUUUUCACAAUAAACAUCUGCUAUGCUGUUUGUUAGAGGCACUUUUGUCUUUUGCCCGAUCUCUUCAUUUUCUUCUUUGUUGCUGUCUGCGAAUGCUUUCCCCUAAAAUCACAAAAUUCACAACUUUUUACAAAAUCUGGUUCCUGGGCCUUGCUUUCUCUGAAUAUCUCCAGCAGGUCCUGAAAGCACUAACAGCAUGGCAUUUAAAGUGCACACUGCUUCCUCAGAUUGAAGGUCCACAACCAAAGCAGCUUUAUCCUUUCAUUCCUUUUUUUAUUGUCCAGGAAUACAAAAUCUUUUUUCUUUUGUGAGACGAUAACAGAUGUAAAUACAGUAUUUAUUUUGUAGCUGAGCAAAAUAUUUAUUCGCGCCACGUAUCUGCAUGAUAGAAACAUUGAUCAUUUUAUCAUCUAUUUGCUUUUUUUUCCUUCCCAAAAUUAUCAAAUAAAUCCCCUUUGCUAUUUCCUUUGGGACAAAUUAUUAUUAUUUUUUUUAAAUCCACCGCCCUAACAUUUGACUCAUUUCUAUAGAGUUUUUAUACUGCAAUGCAUCAGCUGUGUGAGAUGAUAUUUGAUGUGAUUAAUCUUAUUGUAUUAAAAAACAAGCAAAAUGCAAUAUAUGGGGUGAUGUAAAAAGAGGGAUUUGAGAAUUUGCCCCCAAAUUCCUCAUUAUAUGUACCCCUCAUGUUGUGUGUUUGUUUUGAAACCCUUAAUUAAUUUCUUUCUAAAAAAAAAAAAAAAAGAAUGGAAUCAACCUUUGCAUUUUGUAAACUUUCACAAGUCGGUGGGGCGCAUAUUUUGGGGUUUUGCAUUAGGUGACUUGCACUAUUUGCCAUAGUUUCUAGAAAGCCUUUACAUGGUGAAUAGCCGUGUUUGGGUGCACACGUCCCCUGUAACCUCUGUAUUUUAUAAGCCAGUCAUACUACACAGGUAUUCUAGAGAUUUUAGUGUGCAGGGAGCUGUCUGCUCAGCACUGCAUGCUGUUUCCAAUGUAGCCAUGGACAAUCCCUGCACUAAAGAUGUCAAAACAUGUCCCCGUUCCUACAAUCCGUCUUGCACUGUAUUAAAUAUGCCUCUCUCAGGUAAAUGCCAUUUUGUGAUGGAUGCUGUUACAAAGACAGCCGUGUUUUUGCCUAAAUACUGUGUAAAGCUCCCGUCGGCAUAUUUAAAGUUUUAAUUCUAUAGCUGAAGGGAGGAAUCUUAGGGCCAUUGCCUCUAGCAAGCAGUUGCUUAGCAAACCCUGAAGCCUUGUUCCUUUUGAUAAUUCCAUAAUCUGUAUUGGUGUAAAAGGAAAUGUAUAAUCUGUUAAAUUAUUUUUUAAUACAGUUUCAAAUAUAUCUAUAUAUAUAUAUCUAUAUAUCAAAAUUUAACUUGGGCUACCCUCCCUCAAAUAACUGUAAAAAAGAAAUACAUAUAGAAAUCACUUAUUUUCACAAAACAGAUGUGUUAUGUCUAUAUAUAUCAAUAUAUAUAUAUAGUUUAUUGAUCUCUAUGAAGAUGUACUGUAGUGAUCACCGGAGACCCUUUGAGGGACACGCACAUUUUGUACGACGUGUCAGAUCCAGGGAGUUGAGCGAACAUUGAAUUAUCAGAAUUUUGUGCUUUACCGAAGCCCAGUGAGCUGAGAAGACAUUUGAAUUACUUGCUUUUGGUGCAUGCAUACAGUGACGUCCACAAAGUGGGCUGCUCUUAUUAUAACGCUAUUAUUAUUAUGUUAUUAUUUAUAUAGCGCCGUCAGAUUCCGUAGCGCUGUACAAUGAGCUAUGAUCUCAGUCUUAUUUCAAGGCAAUUUCUUAUUGUGAAUGUUAUGUUCUGUCACUGUCCAAGAAGGGCCGGCCACCCAAGCACAACAAUUUCUGCCAGUCCUACAACCGGCGGGUGCUCCUUGGGAUAUUUCUAUGGUAAACAUGUUGCAAUCAGCACCUACAUUCGAUUACCAAAGCCAUAAAUGUCUCCUUGUGAUCCCGCUGCCACCGCCUGUUUACCCCUUGAGCACCAAGGGCAUUGUGCAUAGCUCGGAUGGACUGCUCUCCCGAAGGCGCUCGAGGGGUCAAUAGCUCGAAUCCAACCUGUAUUUAAUCCUUUUCAUGUUUCACAUUACUAUUCAUGCUUCUAUGUUGGUCUUACUGCUGAAAUUAAUUGUUGACUUUAUUUUUACACAAAUAAAAAAGAGAACGAGCAA